AUGCAUGAUCUGUUGCAGAAACUUGGAUGUGUUGCAGCUUGGGAUGCAAACCUUGUAACUCCACAUAAGCGCAUGGGUAACACAGGCAUUGGUCUGGAAAGCCUCUGUGAUGGAAACUUGCAUGAGGUGGUGGUCGAAUUGGAAGGGAUGGGCGGUGGUGGAAAGUUGCAGUUAGAGACUGCUAGUCAUUUGUUCAAUGGCAAUGCAGUUCAACUGUGGUCUUACAAGAAAGAAACUGUUAAAUACAAAACUUUUGAUGAAAUUGAUGAUGAAAAAAGGUGGUGGAGGCUCCCAUUUGUUUCAGAUUUUCUUCGCAAAAAUGGUUUUGAAUCUGCUCUGAAAAAGGUUGUUGGCUCUGAAACUAUGCCAGCACGUCAAUUUGUAGAAUAUGCUUUUGGGCAGUUGAAGUCAUUUAAUGAUGCAUACCUUUGGAAGGAUCAAUUUUCAAACAGUAAGGACUCGGGCAUUGCAAAUUCCAACUACUCUAAUGUGUUGGACAUGCCUUUGCCUUCAGAGAUGGAGAGUACAUCAGGAGUCCCUGUGGAUGACAUGAAUCAUGAUGGAGACAGUAACUUAGAAUUAUCCCAAGCUGAUAAUGAUGGCUUAUCUAAUCGCGGUGCCACAGAAACCGGUGAAGCUAUGCAAUCAGAUAAACAAUUUUGGAAGAACUUUGCUGAUGUUAUCAGUGAAACUGUUGCUCAGAAACUUGGUCGCCCUGUUUCUCUGGAAUUAAAGUGGGAUGGAUUUGACUUAUUGAACAGAACUGGAUUGCAGUCUCAAAAGAUAGCUGAGGUGGGUUAUGUUGAGUCAGGGCUUGCAAUUCCAGAUGGUCAGGAAGUGGACAGUGAUAAAGCAAGUGCCCCACUUACCAUAAGCAAGAUUCAAUCUUCACUUCCAGAAAUAAAGAAGGCAACACAGGAUUUGUUAAAGCAAACUGAUUCUGUUCUAGGAGCAUGGAUGGUUUUGACUACUGCUGUUUCAAAAUUAAAUAAGGAAGAAGAUAUUUCAGGGAAGAGUUCUUCUAGCAGUGAAAAGCUCAUUGGCUCUUUGAAUGGAACUGCAUUGGAUGACAAGAAAGCUGAGGAAAUGAGAGCACUCUUUUCUACUGCUGAAAGCGCUAUGGAAGCUUGGGCAAUGCUUGCUACUUCAUUGGGCCAUUCAAGUUUUAUCAAGUCUGAAUUUGAGAAGAUAUGCUUUUUAGACAAUGCAUCCACAGAUACACAGGUUACAUUUCAUUUAUCACUAAGUCAUGGGAAGAUGCAGGUGGCAAUUUGGCGUGACAGUGCAAGGAAAAGAUUAGUUGUUGCUUUCAGGGGCACAGAACAAGCAAGAUGGAAGGAUUUGCGAACUGAUUUAAUGGUAGUUCCUGCUGGGCUAAAUCCUGAACGGAUUGGUGGAGAUUUUAAGCAAGAAGUUCAAGUUCAUAGUGGUUUUUUAAGUGCUUAUGAUUCAGUCAGGAUUCGGAUCAUCUCUAUCAUUAAACUAUUAAUUGGCGACACAUAUAAUGGAGCUGAGCCACCAUUUAAAUGGCAUGUCUAUGUAACUGGUCAUAGUUUGGGUGGUGCAUUGGCUACCCUGCUUGCUCUUGAACUUUCAUCGAGUCAACUAGUAAAGCAUGGUGCAAUUUCUGUGACUAUGUAUAACUUUGGAUCUCCUAGAGUUGGUAACAAAAAAUUUGCAGAAGUUUAUAAUCAGAAAGUUAAAGAUAGCUGGAGGGUCGUGAACCACAGAGACAUCGUACCUACUGUUCCUCGCUUGAUGGGUUAUUGCCAUGUAGCUCAACCUGUGUAUCUAGCAGCUGGAGAACUAGAAGAUGCUUUGGCAUUCUUUAUAAUACAGCACAUUGAUUGCUUCGGGCACAGAAGGGAAGCUGAAUUACUGCAUUCAUAUGAAAACUACUCAUUGAUUGCUUCAGUUGACAUUCGUUUUCCUUGGAGAAUUGAUGAUGCAUCACAAGAAAAUCUGGUUGUAAAUUUGGAGCUUUUGAAAGAUGGCUACCAAGGUGAUUUCGUUGGGGAGUCCACACCAGAUGUUGUUGUCAGCAAAUUUAUGAAAGGUGAGAAGGAGCUCGUUGAGAAAAUAUUGCAAACUGAGAUAAAUAUAUUCCGGUCAAUUCGAGAUGGAAGUGGGCUUAUGCAGCAUAUGGAGGAUUUCUAUUACAUCACACUGCUUGAGAGGAUGGUUGGCCAUCCAAUCUCUCUGAAAAAGGGAAGUAGUGUGCUUUAG